AUGCGAGGAACUCGAUCUCGUGCUGAACAUGGAAAAAUGCCACUUCAUGAAUGUUAUAUCGAUGUCGAGCCAGUUAGAGCUGUUCAAGGAGUGCAUAAAGAAGAUAGAAGCAGCAGUCGGAGAAGAGAGAACUGCAACCAUAGUUUCAAAAGCCAUAUAUAUAGUCUGCACUGGCAGCAAAGGUGUUACCAGCACUUACUUUACCACCCAAUUCAGGAGACCCAUUACGAUAUUAAUGCUUCUUCAGAUUUCGUGGCCGGCUAUGCUUCCCAGUUCUUGCAGGAUUUGUAUGGAUUAGGAGCAAGAAGAAUAGGGUUGUUGGGGUUGUCGCCUAUAGGGUGUGUACCGUCACAGAGAACCGUGGGUGGAGGCAAAAACAGAGAUUGCUACGAGGAUGAAAACCAAUUGGCAUCUGCCUACAACGCCAAGCACUCCGGUGUGGUAGAUAAUCUGAAAACUAUGUUCACUUUGCCAGACACGAAGAUUAUCUUUCUUGACAUCUACUAUCCACUGCUCUCGCUAAUUGAAAACCCAGGAAAAUAUGGUAGAACUUUUCUCCUCCGCACAUGA